AUGAUCGAUCAUUUGGAACAAAACAACUUCAAAACAAUCGAUUUGACGUCGAUCCACGUUUCGAAUCCAGGUGUUUACGAUACCAAUCUUGACUCUUUCCUGGAUUACAUUCAUCGAAAAGGAUGGAAUAAUAAUGAGAAACCACAUUUUGUCACUAAUAAAAACCUUUUGAAAAGUGUCGCAGCUUCGAAAACCAAUUUAAUAUAUGCCUGUCGUAUGAAAGGAGUAACCUUCAUGAUAAUUGGUGGAACAAAUACACCCGUCAGUUUAGGUUUGGGACCUGUUUUCGAACAUAUUAUGACCGAAAAAAGUAACGAUGAAAUUGAAAUUAAAGGAGUGUUUGAAGCAACAGUUCCACGUGAAGGAGGUGACUCCUUCAGAAUUUAUUAUUCUGGACAAAUAGAUGCUGUAACUAAAGACGAAGGUGACAAUAUUCGUCACUUCGAACUCAAGCUCUUCGAGAAUACCAAAAGCGGAGAUGAAGUCUUUUGGGAUAAAGUCUUUUGGAAAAAUAGCGGUUGCAUUUUUUAUUGGCAAGCCUUUUUUGGAAAUUGUGAAUCGUUGAUAUUUGGUUUUCGAACAGGUAAGCACCGAUGGAAUAGAAUUGAUCCUUAUCAUCUUUAUAAGAUAACAGAAAUGAAUGUGCAGGACAUGCCAAAAAAAGCAGCUGUGAAAUUGGAGAAUGAAACCUGGACUGUAGAAGAUGGGGAAAAAAACUUGUUAUCUUUGCUCACUCUUGUCAACAAGUUCGUCACUUCGGAUAAGGAUUGCUUUGUUUUCGAAAAAAAUGAAAUAUAUUCAUCUGGUUGGAUUGCGAAGCGAGAUAAGAAAAAAAUUGUUUCCAAAUUUCAAAGCGUGAUUAGAGAGAAACUUUGCACCGUGACUCGUCCUUCUAAAUUCCAAUAG